AUGGAGGGCUUUGUUUAUCCCCCCUUCAGCACAUACCAGAGCUUCAGGGGCAGCCUCCUGCCAAGCCCCAGCAGGGUCCCAACAGUGAAGCUCACACCAAGCCGUGGCGGGGACCCGGCUGUGAAGCAGCCCAGCUGGAAGCAGAGCAAGAGCAGUGGCAUUAGCCCCUUCCUCGGGAGGCCCCUCACCCCCAUGCCCUCUGACUACCUGGACAGCUACCGGCGGGCCCAGCUCCAGGCCCUGCUGUCACAGGUCAGCCCCGGGCUGAUGCCGCGGCUGUGCCGGGCCAACACCAAGGAGGUGGGUGUCCAGGUCAACCUGCGGGCUGAUGCUGCUGUGCAGUGCUCACUGGGGCCACGCACGCUGCCUGUUGGCUGCCCCCUUAGCCCCGCCGCCCUCUGCACCCAUGGGCGCUUUGCCCUCUACUCACCCAUGCCGGACCGCCACCUCUUCACCCUGCCUGAGGCCACUGGAUCCCAGGAGAAGGAAGAGGCGUCUGAAACAACCCCCGAGGAGCAGAAGGUGGAGGACGGUAGCAGAGAGCAGCAGGAAGGCCAGGCAGAGGCCACUCUGCGGAGCGAGGAGGGGGCAGAGGUGCCACCGGAGGAGGCUGCAGGCCCCAGGCACCGGGCUGCCUUCCAGUUUUUGGAGCAGAAGUAUGGCUAUUUCCACUGUAAAGACUGCAAGACCAGAUGGGAGAGUGCUUACGUGUGGUGCAUUUCUGGAAGCAACAAGGUGUACUUCAAGCAGCUCUGUCGCAAAUGCCAGAAAGGCUUCAAUCCCUAUCGUGUGGAAGCAAUCCAGUGCCAGACCUGUUCAAAGACUCGUUGUUCCUGCCCUCAGAAGAAAAGACACAUUGAUCUCAGGAGGCCUCAUCGCCAAGAACUUUGUGGCCGCUGCAGAGGCAAGAGGCUGUCCUGUGAUAACACUUACAGCUUCAAAUACAUUGUCUGA